AUGAACGGAUCCAACACCUCCCCACGCGCCAAGCGCAAGCCCUCCCCCUUCGAGAUGAUCGAGAGCGGCCGGCCUCCGAAGCACCUUCGUUCCUCGCUGAACGGCAAGCAGUCCGCCGGCGACAACACCCCCGAUGUCGAGGCCGAGGACUUUGACAUGCGUGAGCACGACUUCAUCGACGACGCCGCCUUGCAGGCCCUGCCCGCUCUCGGGCCCGACAGCCAGGAAUGGCAGGCGACCAUCGAGAGCGUUGUGCGCAACGUCGUCUCCAUACGCUUCUGCCAGACUUGCAGCUUCGACACUGACCCGGCCCUGAACUCCGAGGCCACGGGCUUUGUCGUCGAUGCCGAGCGAGGUUACAUCCUCACCAACAGGCACGUGGUGGGUUCGGGACCGUUUUGGGGCUACUGCAUCUUCGACAACCAUGAGGAGGUGGACGCCUAUCCCGUGUACAGAGACCCCGUCCACGAUUUUGGCAUCCUCAAGUUCGAUCCCAAGGCCAUCAAAUACAUGCCCGUCAGGGCCCUCCCUCUGCGGCCUGACCUGGCCAAAGUUGGGAUCGAGAUUCGCGUCGUUGGUAACGAUGCUGGUGAGAAGCUCAGCAUUCUUUCUGGCGUCAUCAGCCGUCUGGACCGCAAUGCCCCCGAGUACGGCGAAGGCUACAGCGACUUCAACACUUCCUACUACCAGGCCAGUGCUGCUGCCAGCGGAGGCUCGUCUGGCAGUCCAGUUGUCGACAUUGACGGAUACGCCGUUGCCCUCCAGGCCGGUGGUCGGGCGGAUGGAGCCUCGACGGACUACUUCCUUCCCCUGGACCGGCCGUUACGAGCGCUGAAAUGCCUCCAAGAGGGCAAGCCCAUCACGAGAGGCGACAUACAAUGCCAGUUCCUCCUGAAGCCCUUCGACGAGUGCAGGCGGCUCGGCCUCUCCUCGCAGUGGGAGGCGCAGAUGCGCAAGCAGUUCCCCAAGGAGACCAACAUGCUGGUGGCCGAGAUCGUCCUUCCGCAGGGCCCUUCCCACAACAAGAUUGAGGAGGGUGACGUCCUCGUCAAGGUGAACAACCAGCUGAUCACGCAGUUCACGGUCCUUGACGACAUUAUGGACUCGAGCGUUGGCAAGACCGUCAAGCUGCUUCUGCAGAGGGGCGGCGAGGAUGUGGAGGUAGAGAUUGCUGUCGGCGACCUGCACGAGAUCACUCCUGAUCGUUUUGUGUCGGUGGCCGGCGGAAGCUUCCACACCCUCUCCUACCAGCAAGCCCGCCUAUAUGGCGUGGCCUGCAGCGGCGUAUACCUCUGUGAAGGCACUGGCUCUUUCCGUUUCGAUAAUACCGAGAACGGCAUAUUGAUCCAGACCCUGGACCACAAGAAGGUGCCGGACUUGGAGACCUUCAUCGAGGUGGCCAAGACCAUCCCCGACAAGGCGAGGGUUGUCGUGACGUACAAGCAUCUUAGGGAUUUGCAUACGCUCAACACCACCAUCAUCUACAUCGACAGGCACUGGUCCUCCAAGAUGAAGCUCGCCGUGCGGAACGAUAGCACAGGGCUUUGGGAUUUCUGCGACCUGGCCGACCCGCUACCACCGGUGGCCCCAGUGCCGAGAAAGGCAUCCUUCAUCCAGCUCGAGCACACGUCUCACCCGGCUGUGGCCGAGCUCGUCAAGAGCUUCGUCCAUGUCAACUGCACCAUGCCCGUCAAGCUGGACGGAUUUCCUAAGAAUCGGAAGUGGGGUAUGGGGCUGGUCAUCGAUGCCGACAAAGGGCUGGUGGUCAUCUCAAGGGCUAUUGUGCCUUAUGAUCUCUGUGACAUCUCCAUCACCAUUGCCGACUCCAUCGUCGUCGAAGGCAAGGUAGUGUUUCUGCACCCCUUGCAGAAUUAUGCCAUCAUACAGUACGACCCAAAGCUGGUCGAGGCUCCGGUGCAGAGCGCAAGGCUUUCGACCGAGCAGAUCACCCAGGGCGCGUCAACCUACUUUAUUGGAUACAACCGCAUCGGACGCGUCGUCCACACGGCCACCAGCGUUACUGAGAUCUUUGCCGUCGCUAUCCCUGCGAACUCUGGGGCGCCACGCUACCGGGCGGUCAAUGUUGAUGCGAUCACAGUAGAUACGAGUCUGAGCGGGCAGUGUGGGAGCGGUGUCCUCGUCGCCCCUGACGGGACUGUCCAGGCGCUUUGGCUCACAUACCUCGGCGAGCGAUCUCCAUCGACGCACCGGGACGAGGAGUAUCAUCUCGGCCUCGCCACCCCGACGUUGUUGCCGGUAGUUUCACAGAUACAAAAGGGGAUCGUCCCUAAGCUGCGCAUGCUUUCGGUCGAGUUCCGGUCGAUUGCCAUGUCGCAAGCACGGUUGAUGGGCGUGUCGGAGGAGUGGAUCCAGCAGGUGUCCAAGGUGAACACGUCGCACCACCAGCUCUUCAUGGUGACGAAGAGGACCUUUGAGCGGAACGAGACCAAGGAGGCGCUCCUCGAGGGUGACAUCCUGCUCACGCUGAACGGCAAGCUCAUUACCCGCAUAUCCGAGCUCGACGUCAUGUACGACAACGAGUUCCUGGACGCUGUGGUUAUUCGCGACUGCCAGGAGAUGCACGUGCGACUGCCGACGGUUGCUGCAGACGAUGUGGAAACGGACCGGGCUGUCAGUUUUUGCGGCGCCAUCCUCCACAGGCCACACCACGCCGUGCGGCAGCAAAUCAGCAAGCUGUUCAGCGAGGUGUACGUAUCGGCCAGGACGCGGGGGUCCCCUGCGUAUCAGUACGGCCUGGCGCCCACGAAUUUCAUCACGCAUGUCAACAACAAGCCUACGCCGGACCUCGAGUCGUUCCUGCAGGCCGUGAUCGAGAUCCCCGACAACACCUACUUCCGACUGAAAGCGGUAACAUUCGACAGCGUCCCGUGGGUGGUGACGAUGAAGAAGAACGAGCACUACUUUCCGACUGUGGAAUGGAUCAAGGACCCGGCUGUCGAGUGCGGCUGGAGGCGCGUCACCUAUGAGGCGGGCAAGAAGAUUGAGGGUGAAGGCGCAGAGGGCGUACCCAGCGUGACCGAUGAUACGGGCGAGCCAGAUGAUCUUCCUGCGGUCUGA